AUGUCUUCAUCUCUAGUCAGCACCAUCAGCCUGUCCAUCGUCUGCUCAGGUAGUUUGGAGAUUGUCUUGAUGAUUUACAUUAUUGUAACUCUGCUCUUCAUCUGUGCACUGCUGACCUACUUUUACCUCAAAAGACAGCAAGAUAAACAAGUCACACAAGGACAGAAUGAAGACCUGGAGGUUGAAGCAACACAGAUGAACGAAACUGAAAAGGUAAAACAAGCUGAUAAAGUUUCUGUACAAGAUGAGGAAAGGGGAAACACAGAGAAAGCUAAUGUUACUGCUGCGACAGAUGAAAAUAAGACUCUUGUGGACAGUGAGCAAGUUGAAUGGAAGGAAGAAUUUGAGAGUGCGAGUGUGAAAGAUUACGUGUUAAAGUUCAGCAGCCGCUCAGAAAUGAAGUUUUCCUCCAGACUCCUGUUCGGGCUCCUUAUGUCGUGCCUUUAUUUCAGAGGUUCAAGUGAGCUGUGUGUGAAUCAGAGUCCAUCCAGCAUCACUGUGAAUGAAGGAGUAUCUGCUCAAAUCAGCUGCUGCUGGAAUACAUCCACACACAGCGUUAAAGUUGUUUGGUACAUCAAUGAGAAAAAACUUUCAGAUCCAAAGCAGGAACUCCAAGAGCAUCAAAUAAAGAGCUGUUCAACUCUCCACAUCACAAACAUACUGAAGAAUGAUACAGGUCAUUAUGUUUGUGAAGUGACUCAAGAUAUACCACUCCUGGUAAAGAAGAAUGGCACUGGAACAAAUGUAUCUGUCAGCAUUAGUGAACUAGAAACUACAACUGCUGAAGUUUCUCACCAGCCCGAAACUACUCAGGCUUCAGACACAACAUUAGAUCCCAACACGUCUUCAACUCUAGUCAGCACAAUCGUCCUGUCGACUUUCUGCUCAGGUUCAAGUGAGCUGUGUGUGAAUCAGAGGCCAUCCAGCAUCACUGUAAAUAAAGGAGAAUCUGCUCAAAUCAGCUGCUGCUGGAGUACAUCCACACACAGCGUUAAAGUUGUUUGGUACUUCAAUGAAACAAAACUUUCAGAUCCAAAGCAGGAACUCCAAGAGCAUCAAAUAAAGAGCUGUUCAACUCUCCACAUCAUAAACAUACUAAAUAAUGAUACAGGUCAUUAUGUUUGUGAAGUGACUCAAGAUAUACCACUCCUGGUAAAGAAGAAUGGCACUGGAACAAAUGUAUCCGUCAUUAUUAGUGAACUAGAAACAACUAAUGACAAUAAUUAUGUGGUUUCUCAAACACCAGUAGUCAGAGGAAACAGUAGUUUGGGGAAUGUCGUAAUGAUUUACAUUUUCAGAAGUCUGCCCUUCAUCUGUCUGCUGUCGGCUUUCUUUUACCUCAAUAAAACCUACAAACAAGUUGCACAAUUAAAACCAGCAGAUGGUGAUGCUGUAGAAUCAGGAGAAGGACAGAAUGAAGACCUGGAGGUUGAAGAAACACAGAUGAAUGAAACUGAAGAGGUAAAACAAGGGGAUAAAAUUUCUGUACAGAAGGAAGGAAGGGGGAACACAGAGAAAGCUGAAGAUACUGCUGCAACAGAAGAUGAAAAACAGGAAAAUCAUGAGGUAAAAGAGACUUUUGUGGACACCGAGCAAGUUCCAGUCACUGACAAUGAACACUGAAGAAAACACACACCUAUUUUCUGCUGUUGAAGAAAAGAGAGUUUAUGUGCUGGAAAGCAUU